UGAGAAACGGCUAUGUUGGCUACUCUUAACAUAGAAAACAAAUGAAAUAUCCACAUCAGCGUAUAUUAUUAGUUCGUCAGAAAGGUCAGAAAUGUUCGAGGAGGAUUGGGUUAUCGGUUUAUACAGUCUAUAUUACUUAUGACAUCGAGAUUAGAAACUAGUGUGGUGUGUGAAGCGUUAUUUUUGCUAGAAUAAAAUGAAUACUUUUGCAAGCAUAACAGCUGUCAUCAUGAGCUUCAAUGUGAAUAUUUUGUUUCUUGGAGUUUUCUUAUUUCAACAGUUCCUACCAAUGGUGAAUACUGUAGCCAACAAUUUACAUACUUAUGAUGGUGUUUCAAGUAUAGAUAUCAUUGGAGCAGAUGUAUUCUUUGAAAUCACAGAACCAGAGGAGCUGGGAUACACCUACAGAAUCAGGCCUGCUAAAGAUUUUGGUGUACCACUUAAUGAAUCAUUUUCUGGACGUGGUAUUCCUCUUGUACCUGUGGAGCCUGCAUGUGGAUGUGGGUGGCCACACAAUGCAGAGGAACUGGAAGGGAGUGUGGCACUGGUUGAACGAGGGGAGUGUUCAUUCUUGAGCAAAACUGUCAAAGCAGAGGAAGUUGGAGCACGAGCAAUAAUUGUAGCAAACCAAGAUCCUGAAAGUGAUGAAUUUUACAUUGAAAUGACAGAUGAUAAUACAUUUCGAGAAAUUCACAUUCCAGCUGGAUUUCUUUUGGGAAAAAAUGGAUACAUGAUUAGAAAAACCUUGGAAAGGCUGCAGAGGAGAUACGCUUUAAUCAACAUUCCAGUGAAUUUGACAUAUGUUCCAGUGAAUAAAAUCAAUCAACCACCAUGGUUGGGAUGGUAAUACGCACCUGCUGGUUACACAUCUGCUAGUCAAAAGAGUUUUCUCAAAUUGUAAAUUGUACAAAACACAAAUUACAGUGGCAGACUUGCAAACAGUGCUCAAAAUGUUAUGCAGUCCAUCUUGCCCCUAAGAAGUAUCAUGAACUCCCAUAUUUUAUUUGAAGUGUGUGAUGAGAUUGCUGUGCGUGACCAUGUAUGGAAUUUAAUGGAAGACUGUUCAUCAGGGUCUUUGUGUUGACUUGAAGAGGCUUCCAGAAUUAUGGUUAUAGAGUUUUUACUUUCUAAGAAAUGAUUACCCAUUGCUCAUAUUAAAUUAUCAUGUUUGUGGGAAUCAUUUAUUUAAAAUAUAACUCUAAAUCCUCUCAUUUUUGUGAAGGCAUGUUCACUCACUCAUGUACAUACAUUACUAGGUAUAUGUAUACAAACGCAGCAUGCAGUGCAGCUUUCUGUGUGGUUCCUGGGUUAACCAAUCUUAUUGCAUGUCCUUGCGUUACUACACGACAUACAACUUCUUUAUUAAAAC